AGUUGACGUAAGUGUCAGUUGACAACUCUUGAAUAAUUUGAAUGUUUUGUGAAAUAGUAAUUACAAUAAUUUGUGUAAUUUAUAUGAUAUAUAUUGUUAUAAAACUAAAUUAGGAUUAAUCACGUUGCUAAGAUGGAAGCAACAACAAGUAUGAAGCCCAAGACAAUGGCAGAAUUACUGCCAGGACUCAGUGGUAUUUUAACUAAGGACGCUCUUCAAACUCUGACGGCCCAGAAACAACCACGAAAAACAAUAGCACAGACACGAACUGCUGAGAAAGUGUUGAAACCAUUAACUAUCGCUGAAAUGAGGGCUGAUAUUCUAGCUUUAAAAGUGAAGUCUCCCAGAAGGUGUCCUCAAAAUGCUGCAUCUGCCAGAAAAAAUUGGAACUCGUCCGUGAAAGUGGAUAAAAAGAUCAGCCAUACAGCUGAUGGGCAGAUGAAGAACCACUCUGUCAGGAAAGCUCUCAAUUUUCAACCAAAACCCAAGAGCAUGUUAAACUCCAGAGCCACAAUACAACAGCCAACUACAGAAACACCAAGGUUUCCCAAACCUGAAUCUAGAGCUAAGAAAUCUCUAAUGCAAGCCCGCAAUGUGAGAAUCAGCGGUAUUUGUAACAUAGCAGAAACUCCAGUAAUCAACAAACCAGUUAGAAGCAGAAUGACGCUGGCCAACAAGGAGAACAUUUCAAACCAGGUCAAUCUUAUAAAAAAGCCUCUCAUGCCACGGAAACAAUUCAACCACAAAAAGUUGAUGCCACCAAUUCUAGACACACCUUUAUCAAAUGAAUCCUGGAAGUCCAGUUGUGAUGCAAGUUUUCUGCAAAAUGAGAAGAACAUAAAUGAUAUAGAGAUGAAAGCAAAGGUGGUGUCUGAAGAGCAUACAUUAGAAAAUAUAGCAGAAGUAACACCUCCAGUGUCUACACCUUUCAAAGAAUACCGUAAUGUCCAAGAGUAUUUCAAUAAUUCUAGUGAAUUGGAAAGCUCAGCCAUGUACCACGACAACACUAUCAUGUGCUUUGACAAGCCCACCAACAAUAAACAGGAGAAUCAGAGAGAAGAGAGUGUUAUAGUGUCUCUGUGUGAAUUACUCAAUAAAGCAUCCGUUACCAAUAAUGAAAAAGCAAGUACUGAGCUUGAAGACCUCAUAGAAGUCGAGAGACAAACUGAAAACAACAUAAAGAUGAUAGAAAAUGGCAUAAAAACUUUGAACAAUAUUAAAGAAUCACAAAUUAAAUCUUUAAAAUAUGUACAGAAAUUAAUAAAUGAAAAGAGGAAGGCACAAACAACAACUGGACAUGAUAAAGAUAAAACUUUAGUUGAUGAAAUCAAAAUUACACCAAAAUCCAAUAAAGGUUCCUCAAAUAGUAGUCCUGAAAAAAGCCCUGCACUUGGCAAACGGUGUUCAGUUAUAAAAUCAUGUGCUAAAUCACCAUCAUACAAAAUACCAAAGAAAAAUUUAUGUUUGAGAAAAAAGGUUUUUUAUAAAUCAAUGCCAAAUGUAUCGAGCGGUUUUCAAUCUCCAAGCAAAGAUAUAGAAGGCAAAGCACUGAAUAUAUACAUGAAGAUGAAAGAACAGAUGAAUUUUUUGAACACUCCAGUUGUGAAACAUCGUGGUGACCGUGUGCCUGACACCCCAGCAGUAACUUCACACAAUUUACAAAGACAAUUGGACAAAUUAUAUUGUGGCAGCUAGGACAUACAAAAACAAAAAAUUGUGAACAGAUUUCUUUGUAUAAAACUUCUGACAAUUUAAUAUACAGGCUUCUGUUUUCUAUGUUGCUUCAGAGCAUUUUCGCAAUAUUAGUAUUUUAUAUGUCUAUUUCUAACUCUAAACAUCUAAUACCUGAUUUGUCUAUAGUUUACUUCCUAAAUUUGAACAUUUACAAUGGAAAUGGACUGUAUAUUAAUUUAUUUAGAAUUUUUUAUGGUUAGUGUAAUGGGAGAUUUAUAUAGAAGGGUCGUGCUGCAGGUUGGCAUUGCGAUCAUUAGUAAAUUACUAAUAGCUGAAUGUUAAUUUUAUGUAGUUUGUGUAAUUUGAAAAUCUUGUAAGAUUCAAUAAUUAAUUUGUUCUAUUUAAUUCCAGUCAGGUAUUUUUUUAAUGAAUUGUAUAUUUCUGACUAACUUGGAUUAUGAUUAUUAUUUUGAUAUAAAUAAAGUGCUAAUUAACAAUG